CAGCUUUCCGUCCUGCAUGGGUCAACAUGGAUCGAACUACAGCCGCAGUGACUCUAUUUGGGCUCUUAUUCAUCUGGGCUACUGCUGCCCCAGCUGAGAGGGCACGAGGUGUUGACAUCUACAGCUACCACAUUAACUCCACAAUAAACAGCCGCUACGCCAUCACCGUCAUUACAAGUCGUGUGAUAAACCGGCUCAGUGAGUCCAAAGAAGUCCAUUUCCAGGUCAAGAUACCCAACAAUGCUUUCAUCAGCAAGUUCAGCAUCACCAUAGAUGGGAAGACGUAUGAUGGAGUUGUGAAGGAGAAAGAAGAGGCUCAGCAGCAGUACAGUCAGGCAGUGUCUCGGGGAGAAAGUGCUGGGAUGGUCAGUCCCAUUAUUAUCCACAGCUCAGUAGGAAGGACUCUGGAGGAGUUUAAGACCACAGUGACGGUGGCUGCUUUCAGUAAAGUGACCUUUGAGCUCGUCUAUGAGGAGCUGCUGCAGCGACAGCAUGGCAAAUAUCAGCUACUCAUCAACGCCCGACCGAUGCAGCCUGUAGCAGAUUUCAAGAUUGAUGUGACCAUUUAUGAGAGUUCAAGAGUUUCCUUCCUGGAGGUAACAGAUCCUGCGAACGAGGAGAUUCGCCACGGUUUAACCGUUACAAAGUCUGACAAAGUGACAUGGGUGGAGAUCUACCUCGCCCAUCAGCAGCAGACACGCUGUAGGAACGUUUGUGGAGAAAAUGGACUGGAUAUGGACCUGAUCAUAACUUACGAUGUCGAGAGAACAAAAUCCAUUGGAGAAAUCAAGACAUCGGACAGCUUUUUCGUCCACUUCUUUGCACCCACAGAUAUUGAGCGCAUUCCAAAAAAUGUGGUGUUUGUAAUUGACCAAAGUGGCUCCAUGAGUGGGAGAAAGAUUAUACAGACCCGAUGGGCGCUGCUGAAGAUUUUAGAUGAUCUUGCUAAGGACGACCACUUUGGGCUGAUCACUUUUAACAAUGAAGUAAAGGUCUGGAAACCUGAACUUGUUCAAGCCACAGAGACGAAUCUGGAGUCAGCAAGGAGCUUCGUGACACAGAUUCUAAAUCAAGGAGACACGGACAUCAACGCUGCAGUGCUGAGGGGAGCGGAGAUGCUCAACAAACACUCACAAGAUCAGUCUGCCUCCAUCCUCAUCCUGCUGACUGAUGGAAUGCCCAAUACAGGUGAGACUGACACAACAAAAAUUCAGGCCAAUGUGAAAGAGGCCAUUGGGGGAAAGUUUCCUUUCUAUUGUCUUGGCUUUGGAUUGGAUGUCAAGUUGGAUUUCCUGGAGAAAUUGGCUGAGGAAAAUAAUGGACUCGCUCGCAGGAUCUAUGAGAAUUCAGAUCCUUACUUACAGCUAAAGGGUUUCUAUGAGGAAGUGGCCAAUCCUCUGUUAACUAAUGUCCAGCUGAAGUACACUGGAGCAGCGAAUCUCACCCAGACCAGGUUCAGCCAAUACUACCAAGGCUCAGAGAUCGUGGUAGCUGGACAGCUCACAGACAGCCUGGACACAUUAGAAACAGAGAUCACUGGAACCUCAAAAAAUAGUGCAGUGACCUACAAGCACUCAACUAACAUAAGCACUGGUUUUUUGCUACAAGAUACAUACAUCAGACGGCUGUGGGGUUUUCUUACAGUGAAACAGCUUCUCAUUAAGGAGAAGAUACUUCACGGGCAGGAGAAGGAGGCAGCCAGGAAAGAAGCCCUAGAUCUCUCUCUGAAAUACACAUUUGUGACCCCACUGACCUCUAUGGUGGUUAUGAAGCCCCAGGACCAGGACGUGCAGGUUGCCCAAAAGCCUAAAGAGAAGGAUUAUGUAAAUGGAGCUGAAAACCAUGAUUCAUCAAGGGCACCUACUCUGUUCGUCCCCCCUCCUCCUCCUCCGCGGCCAGCUUCACGUUUAGCGGAUCCAUAUUAUAUUCAAAUAUAUGUGAGAUUCUUGAUCUCUUCCACUGGUCAGCUUAAGCCACUCUGUUAUGACCAACCCGCUCCCUUUAAGUACCGCAUGCUGAUAGAUCCGUCCUCAGGCUUCUUUAUGAAUGGUGAGCUCGUCAGUAAUGGAUUUCGAAGAAUUCUUAUUCAAUUCAAAGAUAAGUAUUACCUUAAGCUCAGCACCCACAACAUCCGUUACUAUGACGGUCUGAAUGACUUGACGUUUUUGUGGGAGCAGGAACCCCCCGAGUUUCAGAUAGACAGUGUGUCUAUGAUUCUAAAAGACAAUGAAAUGGAUGUCACCAUGGGAACCAUUCGUGUUGUUUUCCUCCUUCAUAAGGAAAAUGGGGAAUUCUUUCUUUGGCCAGAUGUUAAGCUGCCACCAAACGCCGACAUAAAAGGCAUUUUUGGAAAAGCCAAUCUUCAGUAUGAAGAAUUACCAGGAUCACUGAUCAACCUCGGGGAUAAACAAGUGCAAGCGAGCUGGAGCAAUGCCACUGACUAUCGACGCUCUUCAGCGCCUGUCCUUGGAUGCUGGCUCGUACCAUACGAGUCUGUCCUGCCGGGGGAGUUCUCUAAUUUCAUUCUGGUGUACUGUAAGAGGCGAGACAUUGACAUCUACAGCUUCCACAUAAACUCCACGGUCACCAGCCGCUACGCCGUCACAGUCAUCACGAGCCGCGUGGCAAACCGACUCAAUGAGUCCAAAGAAGUCCAUUUCCAGGUCAAGAUUCCCAAGAACGCUUUCAUCAGCAAGUUCAGAAUGACCAUGGAGGGGAAGACGUAUGAUGGAGUUGUGAAGAAGAAAGAAGAGGCUCAGCGGCAGUACAGUCAGGCAGUGUCUCGGGGAGAAAGCGCUGGGAUGGUCAGCUCAGUAGGAAGGACUCUGGAGGAGUUUAAGACCUCAGUGACGGUGGCUGCUUUCAGUAAAGUGACCUUCGAACUGACCUAUGAGGAGCUGCUAAUUCGACGCCUUGGCAAAUAUCAGCUACUCAUCAACGCCCAACCGAUGCAGCCUGUAGCAGAUUUCAAGGUUGACGUGCACAUUAAAGAGGGUCCAGACAUUUCCCUGCUAGAAGUGAAAGGAGGACUGAACACCAACGAGCUGGCCAAAGCUGUAACCACUACACGAUCGGGCAAUGAGGUGUGGGUGGCCUUCUACCCGACUCGUGAGCAGCAGACCAAGUGUGAAGGCUGUGCAGAAAGUGGCCUGAAUGGAGACCUGAUCAUAACCUAUGAUGUAGAGAGAUUAAACCCCAGUGGAGAACUGCAGAUAGCAGACGGCUAUUUUGUCCACUACUUCUCACCGACGAAUGUCCAGCGAAUCCCAAAAAAUGUGGUCUUCAUCAUCGACCGAAGUGGCUCCAUGUACGGCCGGAAAAUGCAGCAGACCCGGUUGGCGAUGCUUAAGAUUUUGGGAGAUCUUACUAGUGACGACACCUUUGGGCUGAUCACCUUCGACAGUCAAGUAGAUGUUUGGAAACCUGAACUUCUCCAGGGCACAGAGAAGAACCUAGAGCAGGCAAAGAACUUUGUGAAGCAGAUUCGAGAUCGAGGAGCCACCGACAUCAACGAGGCAGUGCUGAAGGGCGUGGAAAUGAUCAAGAGACACCCGAGAGAAGGCUCCGCCUCCAUCCUCAUCCUGCUGACGGAUGGAGACCCCACAGCAGGUGAAACCAACAUAAUGAGGAUUCAGGCCAAUGUGAAAGAGGCCAUCGGGGGGAAGUUUCCUCUGUACUGUCUGGGCUUCGGAUUUGAUGUCAACUUCGAUUUCCUGGAGAAAAUGGCUCUGGAAAAUAAUGGACUUGCCCGCAGGAUCUAUGAGGACUCAGACGCUGACCUACAGCUACAGGGGUUCUAUGAAGAGGUGGCCACUCCCCUCUUAACUAAUGUCCAGCUGAGCUAUACUGGAGUAGGAAAUCUCACCCAGACCAGAUUCAGCCACUACUACAACGGCUCAGAGAUUGUAGUUUGUGGACAGAUCACAGACAACAGCCUGGAGACUUUCCAAGCAGAGGUCAUCGCAGUCUCAAAAAGCAAUGAAGUGAAAUAUGAGGAUUCUGUGUCAGUGAAAGACCUCGCUGGGUUGCCUGAACAUGAAAACAUCCAGCGACUCUGGGCUUACCUCACGGUGAAACAACGACUGGAGAAAGAAGUGACACUUAAAGGAGAGGAGAAAGAAGCAGCCAAGAAAGAAGCCCUGGAUCUCUCUCUUAAGUACAAGUUUGUGACUCCACUGACCUCCAUGGUGGUCACCAAGCCCCACGAAGAGGACACACAGGUUGCCCACAAACCUAAAGAGGGAGAACAGUCACACGGACAUCACCACCGUGUGCAAGCACUGCCGCAGCUGCCCCCAUACGGCCUCGGCCCUCCUCCUUUUGCUCACUCUCCAGGUGCUGCUUCGAUGCCAGUGCUAUCUGGUCAACCAGGACCUGUUUGGGUUCCAGGCAUUGGACCUAGUUACAUCGCCCCUCCGCCUAUUGUUCACUCUCCAGUCCUCAGCGCUCUGCCUAUUGUUCACUCUCAAGACUCCCACGCUCCGCCUCUUGUUCACUCUCCAGUUUCUUCUCGUAUCAUAGUUUCUUCUCGUAUCAUAGACAUCGGCGCUCCGCCUAUUGUUCAGUCUCCAGACCUCUACUCUUCAUCUAUUGUUCAGUCUCCAGGUUAUGCACAUGCACCAGAAGCGAGAAUGGAAGACUCCCACGCUCCACCUCUUGUUCACGCUCAAGGUCAAGAAGAGCAGGAAGCUGAAGAUGCUUCUCGUAUCAUAGACCUCCACGCUCCGCCUCUUGUUCGCUCUCAAGUGUGGAUUGAUUGCUUUAUAACAGACAUGAUCUUUGAGCCAGCGCCAACCGUCGUACCAUUUCAGAUGACCAACCUUCCAACACUUACAGGUUUUACUUCCUCCGGGGAUUAUGUGAGGUUUUUGGUCGCUUCUAGUCAUCAGCCUAAGCCACUCUGCUAUGAUGUGCCUGUGGCGACCAAACUCAGCCUUCUGUCGGACCCCUCCUCAGAAUUCUCUAUGAAUGGUGAGCUCAAGCUGUAUGGAGGGAAAGGCUUUAAGGAAAUUGCUAUUCAUUACAAAACGGAUCAUCUCCUGACCCUCAACACCAGCGAGAUCCGCUACUCUGACGGUCAGAAUCAUGUGAAGUUCGUUUGGGGGCAGCAGCCCACCAAGUACGAGAGAGACAGUGUGUCUCUGAUUCUGAAGAACGAUGAAGUGGACGUCACCAUGGGAACCGUGCGUGUUGUUUUCCUUCUUCAUAAGGAAGACGGAGAUGUAUUUCUGUGGCCUGCUGUUCAUCAACUACCAAAAGGCGUUUCCUUGCAAGGCAUUCUGGGGAAAACGGAUGUUCAGUAUGAAGAGUUACCACACUCAUGGAUCAGAAUCAAUGUUCAGGGGGUCCCAGCAGAUAUGAGCACUGCCACCGACUACGGACGAGCUUCAGCCCCAAGUGUGGACUGCUGGCUUGUACCCUUGUGGUUUGUCCUGCAGGGGGAGCUCUCUGACUUCACUGUGUCUCAGCUGUAAAGAUGUAUCUUGAAAAUUUCACAGCUAUCUUCCAAACAGCUUGGUAGAACAUGUAGGAGAAAAUUAAACGCUUUUAAUGCUGGCCCAAGUUAUGCUGUGGGUCUAAAAGCUUACUGUAGCGAUGCUCUGUGAUUAGCAAUGUAACGGCUUUAUAGAUUUUUCUUAGAAAGUUAGAGAGCUGAAGAUUUCAGGAGAUCCUCUGGAAAAAGCUCAAGCUAUACCAGCAUGAAUGUAUAAACAAAUGAGAUACGGUAUGAAGGUGGUACAAAUGUAAAAACCUUGCUGAACCAAUAAAAAAUGCUUAACCUCAUGUGGGUCUCAACCUCAA